GCCACCAUGAAACCGGUUUUCGCGACAGAAACUACAGAAGAUGACGUUUUUGACAGCAUUGUCUUGGCUGAUGAAAAAUUUCAGCAAGAAGGCUAUGAUGAAGGGUUUAAGGACGGACAACUUCAAGGAAUACAAGAGGGUUAUAAAUUGGGAACAAAGCAUGGCUUGCAACUUGGGGCAGAGGUUGGAUUUUACCAUGGUUUUGUCAUUGGUUUGCAAAAAGUCCUUGAGGGAGAUGAUAAACUCACGCCAAGAAAAGUGACAGUCUUGAAAUCCUUUCGGGAACUGGUAAUGGCUUUUGAUAUCGUAGAUCAUCACAAUGAAAAGUUCUCAGAUAAUGUUGGCAAGAUUAGGGCUAAGUUCAAACAGGUUUGCUCGCUGUUGAAGGUGAACCCUGAAUCCGGUCACAAACCUCAGGGAAUUUCUUUCUGACACUGCCCAAUGUGCCUUAGAUAAGGAGAUGACGAUAGUGCAAACUCACAUCAUCAAUGUUGUGUGAGAUUACAGCAUUCCAAGCCAGGAAAACCAUCUGGACCAUGGUGAUGGAUGUGUAAGCAUUCGGUGGUGUUGAAGUCAACUGUGUGGACUUUAAUGAGAGCUGCGUGCGAUGACCCAAU